CGCCGCUGAGGAGGCUGCGGCAGCCUCCCCUCUUCCCCCUUCCCGCAGAAGCGCGGCGCUGCCUCCUCCGUUUCUCGCCCUCCCGACAGCGCCGCCGGGGCAGAGGAUGGUGCUGACGCCGCCACCGACGCUUCCCCGCUGCGGCUGCCCCACAGCCGAGUGAGCCCGGCGGCUGGCGAAGAGGCACCGGCAGGCGGCUGCUUGCGAGAGGCGGCGGCGGCAGCGAGGGCGGGAAGCCCCCUGUGGGUCAAGUCUGGCUGGCUGCUGGGCGAGAAGCUCCGAGGGGGCGGCAGCGGCCACAGCAGCAGCAGCAGCAGCAGCCGCCUGGGGGGACCUCUCCUGGGCCAGGCCUAAAUGUCACAAUGACUGGUAACUGACCCGGAAUCCCAAAGUUUAUCCAAACAUUUGAAGUGUGGAUAGAUCGAAUACACCACAAACUCUAUUGUGUAAUCAUGGCAGAUCCUUCAGCAGAGGUACCCUUUUCUGUGGUGACUCAAACAGAAUUAAUUGAGGAACCACAGUGCUACUACAAUGAAACCAUUGCCUUCUUUUAUAACCGAAGUGGAAAAUAUCUAGCCACUGAAUGGAACACUGUGAGCAAGCUUGUGAUGGGACUUGGGAUUACAGUAUGUGUCUUCAUCAUGCUAGCCAACCUCUUAGUUAUGGUGGCCAUCUAUGUCAACCGGCGUUUUCACUUUCCUAUUUAUUACCUAAUGGCUAACUUAGCUGCUGCAGACUUCUUUGCAGGACUGGCGUACUUCUACCUAAUGUUUAAUACGGGACCCAACACUAGAAGAUUGACUGUCAGCACCUGGCUCCUUCGCCAGGGACUCAUUGACACUAGUCUGACAGCCUCUGUUGCCAACUUGUUGGCGAUUGCCAUAGAGAGGCACAUCACAGUGUUCCGCAUGCAGUUGCAUACUCGGAUGAGUAACCGACGAGUCGUGGUAGUAAUCGUUGUCAUCUGGACUAUGGCCAUCAUCAUGGGAGCUAUACCAAGCGUGGGCUGGAACUGUAUCUGUGACCUCACUCACUGUUCCAACAUGGCGCCACUCUACAGUGACUCUUACUUGGUCUUCUGGGCUAUUUUCAACCUGGUCACCUUUGUAGUCAUGGUGGUCUUAUAUGCUCAUAUCUUUGGGUACGUCCGACAGAGGACUAUGAGAAUGUCUAGACAUAGUUCUGGACCACGUAGAAAUCGGGACACCAUGAUGAGUCUUUUGAAGACUGUGGUCAUCGUGCUUGGUGCUUUUAUAAUCUGCUGGACUCCAGGCUUAGUCUUGCUUCUCCUGGAUGUUUGCUGCCCACAGUGUGAUGUCCUGGCAUAUGAAAAAUUCUUCUUGUUACUUGCCGAAUUCAACUCUGCCAUGAACCCCAUCAUCUACUCCUACCGGGAUAAGGAGAUGAGCGCCACCUUCAAACAAAUUCUUUGCUGUCAGCGCAGCGAGAGUGCCAAUGGUCCAACGGAAGGCUCCGACCGGUCUGCCUCUUCACUCAAUCACACCAUCUUGGCUGGAGUUCAAAGUAACGAUCAUUCUGUGGUUUGAAAAAGAACUGAAAGGGUGUUUUUUUAAAAGAAGAAGAAGAAGAAGAAGAAGAAGAAGAAGAAGAAGAAGAAGAAGAUACACACACAAGAAUUUAUUGUUGGGCAAACUAUAGCUAGAUAUGACUAUUGAUAGGGCGCAUCUUCGAAACACAGAAAAUAACCAACUGAUGAACUGUUCCUAAUAACUAAUGGAUGAUAGUACUUAAGCACCAGAGCCCUGUAUCCACAGCUGUCCAGACUAGAAUCCUCAUUUUUUCCCUUGUUAUGAAAUUAGAGAAGGAGCUGCUCACACUGGGAAACUGAAAUACUUUUGGGAAAGCCAUCAUUAAGCUAUUCUAACCAGCCUCCAUCAGACGACACUUUUGUGAUGGUUGUAACCGAAAUCAUCUCCAACUAAUUAAGCUUCAUAACUGCUUCACUGCCUUUUCAUUUAGAUAUUUAGGCUUCUUCCUCAGUUGUUGUUGUUUAAAAAAAUGCAUUUCACUUAAUUAUCCUCAUCAGCAUGCUUUAUGAUGGACACUUUCUGGGCAUGGGGAAAAACUGUGUUUAGCCUUCAUUUUUAUUUACACUGCCAGUAACAAUGAAAAAAAUAUUUUUUACUAGUACAGGUGUCAAAUGACUGUCUUUGCCUUGGUUUACCAGUGUCUAGGGGCAUGCAUGUUGCAUGCAUGGAGAUGUGCUUAACUUUUUAUCUCGGACUCCGUGGGACUUCAAAGUGCUAACUUCUGGUUGUUCACAAGGGAAGUAUAUUUUCAAGGCUCUCAAAGAGCCACUUUCAAAUUCAUUAUGGUGAAGCACAAUAAUGUGUGUGUUUUGAAAUAUGUUUGUGGUGUUGUUGAGUCUUAUGCUUAAUUAUGGAAUGCCAAAGGGAUGUUGCUUUUUCGGAAAGUGUGCUUUUUAAAGAAAAAACAUUUUAAAGGGUUUUUUUUUAAAAAAAUAGAAUCUUAUCCACCAUUUUGCACUGAGUGGGAGAGAUUGUUAAAAAAAAAUGCUUUCCCUUCAUUUCAACAGAAUUCGGCUAUUUCCUUGUCCCGAUUUCAAUUUUUUACAGGCAAUCUCUUGAAUAAUUACUGCAAUUAAAAUGUCAUUCCUACAAACUGCAUAUUUAGAAAAAGUGGCUGCUUUAAAGUGUAGCCUUUUCUCUUUUUAACUCUAUUAAAGAUCUCUGUACUGAAGACAGAGGAUAAUUUUUUUUGUUUGUUUUCAUAUCUUGGGACCAUUGUGGAAAGUGUGUAGUGUGCCACAUCAAUAACAAAUUUGCAAACAUCCUGUGUUGGGGACCUGCCUGUAGUGAAAAGACACUUGCUUGAAAUCAGCCUGUUGUCCCACCGAUCUGGAACAGUAGCAGAUGUGAGAUAGUACCAUGUUUGUGUGGGUAGCAUAUGUAAAUUUCUAAGAACCGUGUACAGCAAUGUCAAGAAGGUAAAAGGUAUGUAUAAAGAUAGGAUACUUAGUGAUAUGCAAAGUGAAAAAUGAAAGUAAAGAGAAGUGUGGCUGAUCCUAGAAGAAGGUAUCCAAGAGACAACCUGCCAGUUAAGCAAAAGUUGAUGUUUCUGUUCACUUUUCCGGAUGACAAAUAUUGUAGGAAUUCGUUACUGAAACUGAAAACAAUGAACCAGUUUGGUUUUUUACUUGUGUAACUUGCCUAAUGAAAAAGAAUUCAGGCUGUUAGAAUUUUUUUUAAAGUACCAUAUGUGCUAAGCCACUAAUAAA